AUGGAAACAAACCCGCCUAAUUCACUCGAUUUAGUUCUACACGUGUGCCGGAAGCGUAAUAACCGCGACAAUACCUUGGACGACGCGCAGCUGGAAACACGGUGUCCACUCGACAAUGGGCGACACGAUUGCAAGCCCAUCUCCGCAUGUUUUCCUGCUAAUCAGCUCGACAGGCUCCCCCUAGAACUUCUCAUCGAGGUUCUGCUGCAGGUGGACAUUCCUUCACUGACUCGCUUCCGGGGCCUCAACCGCCGCGCAAUGGAGCUUGUCAACUCUAUCCACCAAUACACCGCAAUCCUUAAGCAUUGCCCCAACAUCAUCCGCGCCAUUGUCAGCAUACAGGCGGACGCGUUUGACUGUAUUACACUAUACAAUACGCUUUGCACAAGCCGAUGUUCCACGUGCAAUCUCUUUGGCGACUAUCUCUAUCUCAUAGACUGCCGCCGAGUCUGCUACUUCUGUUUCACCGAGCGGCCGGAAUACUUCCCUCUCACAAGUCGCGAAGCAUACAGGCUCUUCACCCUCAAUGCAACGCCACAGAGCAAUGCUAAAAGCUUCCGCAAACUCUUCGAAUUGGCGAAACCACCGAGCAUCCUCAGCCUGCCCGGGCGGUACUGCGGUGCUUUGACUGUGAGAGGGCAGUCGAAGCGACUUCGACUCUACGAUCGCCAGGCAUUGGUGCACAGUCUGACGGGCAAAGGUCUUCCCCAGUCGGACAAAGCAGCCUGGGAACCUAAGCGAUUCAUGGCCAUCAUCUCCGCACCAGUUCUACUCGAUGGUGGCCGGCAGGUCGACCGAGGGUUCUUCUGCCUCGGCUGCAGGGACCAGAAUAAAGAUAGAACCACGCACUUCAGAGUCAAAUACACGACAGAGGACUUGUUAGCACACAUUGCGAGCUUAAGAUGA